AUGGCUAAGCCUUCAAUCAUGUCGAGCAGGGUAUUGCUUGAAAAUGGCCAUGUCCCCGGAACCAGCCUGGGAUCGCGUGGCCAAGGUAUCAAAGAACCUCUUCAGGUCUCCAAGUGGCGCAAAAGGACAUGCCUAGAUUAUCAUGGAGGCGAUGUUAGUGGCCGAGAUAACCAUGGAGGACGAAGCAAUUUCGGAGAUCGAGGUAAUCAUGAAGGCCGCAGUGGCCGUGGAGGCCAAAUUAAUCAUGGUGGCCAAGGAGGCAAUGAAGACCGUGGUGACUAUGGAGACCUAGCUACUCGUGGAGGUUGCGGAGGUCGUGGAAAUUUAUUUGGAUUAGGGAAAGGUCAGAAGGGCUUACUUCUUCCGAAAUUAAAAGAGAUAUUCCCGGGUCCACCCAAGCUGUUGCAAGAGGAGGAGGUUGUUCUUGGCCUAGUUGACUUAUUCGAGGGAGAAAUUGCCUGCGCUAUCUUGGAAGAUGAAGAGGCCAAGCCCUCUGCUACCACCGCUAACCCUUUUGAGUAUAUAUGUGAGUCGGAUUUGCUUGACGAAAAUUCCUCUGGGUCUGAUGAUGACAAGGAUGACUGCGAUCGGAAAAGUAUCGAACGAGAUUGGAUUCGGCAUGAAGAGUCUAAGCCGUUGACUACGGAGCCUACAAUCACAAUAAAUUUGGGCGAUUCGGAGAAUGUUAGAGAAAUCAAGAUUGGAGCUGGCAUUUCUGAAAUCAAGGCCAGAAGGAUGGUCGACCUUUUAAAAGAAUACCAAAAUGUGUUCGCAUGGUCGUAUGCGGAUAUACCGGGGUUAGAUAGAGAAAUUGUAGAGCAUGCUCUCCCCACUGAUCCAAGUAUCCCGCCUAAGAAACAGAGGCUCGGAAGAACAAAGCCCGAAUUAUCCAAGAAAAUCGAAGAAGAAGUCAUGAAGUUAUUGAAAGUGGACUUCAUAGAAGUAUCGCACUAUACUGAUUGGACCGCCAAUGUCGUCCCUGUCAUGAAGAAGGAUGGUCGGGUCAGGGUUUGUAUUGACUAUCGCGAUCUAAAUCGAGCAAGUCUAAAGGAUGACUUCCCGUUGCCUCACAUCGAUGUGCUGGUCGACAGCACCGCGGGGUUUGAACUAUUCUCCUUUAUGGAUGGAUUUUCUGGUUACAAUCAAAUUCAGAUGAAAGAGGAAGAUAAAAGUAAGACCUCCUUCAUUAUCCCAUGGGGGACCUUUUGUUACAAGGUAAUGCCUUUCGGCUUGAAAAAUGCCGGGGCAAUAUACCAUAAAGCAAUGGUCAACCUGUUUCACGAUAUGAUGUAUAAGGAGGUGGAGGUCUACGUAGACGACAUGAUUGCCAAAUCCAAACAUGGAGAGGACCACAUCGAGGUAUUGCGGAAGCUGUUUGACCGACUCCGAAGGUUCAAGCUAAGACUUAACCCCACCAAAUGCGUGUUUGGGGCAAAGUCUAGGAAACUAUUGGGGUUCAUGGUCAGUAGUCGAGGCAUUGAAAUUGACUCGUCAAAGGUUAAGGCCAUUUGUGAUUUGAAACCUCCUUCAACUAUCAAAGAGGUUCAAAGUUUGCUAGGAAGACUGAACCAUGUGGCGAGAUUUAUUUCUCAAUUGUCUGAGACGGCUAAACCUUUCUUCAAGCUCCUGAAAAAGAACGCCAAAGUCAAGUGGGAUACCGACUGUCAAAAGGCCUUUGAGGAAAUAAAACAAUACAUCUCUCAUCUGCCGGUUCUAGUGCCACCUGUCCCUAGAGUACCAUUGAUACUCUAUUUGACUAUUCAUGAUGAAUCGUUGGGAGCCUUGCUAGCUCAAAAGAGACCAAGUGAUAACAAAGAAUGUGCAAUAUACUAUCUCAGUAAGAAGUUUACUUCAUCCGAAAUAAAUUACCCCAGAGUUGAGAAAACGUGUGUGGCUUUGUUAGCAAAGUGGCAAGUUCUGGUGUCCGAAUUCGACGUCAACAGCAUGGCGCAGAAAUCCGUCAAGGGAAGAGCCAUAGCUGACAUGCUGGCAGAAAACGUCGAAAGCUCAGAAGACCAUGAUCAGUCAAAUCCCAUAGAAGAGCGCAUUUCAGAAAUAGUGAGUGAUAAAUGGACUAUGUACUUCGACGGUGCCGUUAACCCGGCUGGUUCUGGGACUGGGGCAGUUCUUAUCUCCCCGACGGGUCAACAUCACCCUGUGGCCGCCAAGUUGGUAUUCCUUUGUACCAACAAUAUCUCAGAAUACGAGGCUCGCAUACUUGGAUUGCAAUUAGCCGUCGACAUGAAAGUUAGAAAUCUGCAAGUCUACGGCGAUUCGACCCUCAUCAUUCUUCAGACAGAGGGUCAAUGGCGAACUCAUGACACCAAAUUGAUCCCCUACCACGAAUUCCUUGAGAGUUUAAUAAUAGAGUUUGAGGAAAUUUCUUUUGAGUAUUUACCCCGAUCGCAGAAUCAGUUCGCCGACGCCCUGGCCACUUUAUCAUCAAUGCUACAAGUCAUGGAAGGGUUAGACAUCGAGCCACUGAAAAUCGAAAUACUGACACGUCCGGCUUACUGUUCGGCAAUCGCGGAUGAACCUGAUGAGAAGCUGUGGUAUCAAGACAUCAUGAACUAUCUUCAAAAGGGUGAAUACCCUCCUGGAAGUGAACUAGCGGAUCGGAAAUACAUAAGGAAGCUAGCAUCGAAAUUCUUCAUCAAUGGCAAUGCUCUUUACAAGAGGUCCUUCGACUCAAUUUUGCUUAAAUGUGUUGAUGCCAAAGAAUCUAAUCAGUUGAUGAGAGAAAUAUAUGAGGGCGAAUGCGGAACAUGUUCUGGUUUCCGCAGUGUGACCUGA